AUGGCUUCACGGAUACUGACGAAUUUUAGCCGGUCAGCUUCGCGUGUAUUAUGUGACCCAAAAAUAUUAAGGAGUGUGGCUACUCGAACAUAUGCUUCUUCGUCAGCUAAUGUGCAAGAAAGAAGCUUGAUUCCGGUUAAUUGCCGGAAGGAAUUGCAUUCAUCCACUUCAGCAUUAGCCACCGCAGAUGCUGCUAAAAAGGCUGUAUCUUCACCGCCGAAGCCGGCGGUAAAAGGUUCGAAAGGACAUAUAGUAGCAGUAAUUGGUGCCGUAGUAGAUGUGCAGUUUGCUGAAGAGCUGCCGCCAAUUCUCAAUGGACUUGAAGUGUCUGGGCGAAAACCACGUCUUAUCCUGGAAGUUGCGCAACACCUCGGCGACAAUGUAGUUCGAACAAUAGCUAUGGACGGUACGGAAGGACUUGUUCGAGGAGAUGAAGUAAUAGAUACUGGUGAUCCAAUCAAAAUCCCGGUUGGGCCCGAAACGCUUGGUCGUAUCAUGAACGUUAUUGGUGAACCAAUUGAUGAAAGAGGCCCUAUCAAUUCUAAACAUUUUUCUUCAAUUCAUGCUGAAGCACCAGAAUUCGUUGAUAUGAGCGUGGAGCAAGAAAUUCUUGUGACUGGAAUCAAAGUUGUCGAUUUACUUGCACCGUAUGCAAAGGGUGGUAAAAUUGGAUUAUUUGGCGGAGCUGGUGUAGGAAAAACUGUGCUAAUUAUGGAGCUGAUCAAUAAUGUCGCCAAAGCUCAUGGUGGUUACUCAGUGUUUGCUGGUGUCGGUGAACGUACUAGAGAGGGUAACGAUUUGUACCACGAAAUGAUUGAAGGUGGAGUCAUCGAUCUAAAAGGCAAAAAUUCGAAAGUGUCUCUUGUAUAUGGCCAAAUGAAUGAACCACCAGGAGCACGAGCACGAGUUUGUUUGACUGGUCUGACUGUUGCUGAAUAUUUCCGUGACCACGAAGGACAGGAUGUAUUGCUUUUCAUCGAUAAUAUUUUUCGAUUUACGCAAGCUGGUUCCGAAGUAUCAGCGCUGCUUGGACGUAUUCCGUCCGCUGUAGGUUAUCAACCAACUUUAGCAACGGAUAUGGGUAGCAUGCAGGAGCGAAUCACUACAACUAAAAAGGGCUCAAUUACAUCAGUGCAAGCUAUUUAUGUACCUGCUGAUGAUUUAACAGAUCCAGCUCCAGCAACCACAUUUGCCCAUUUAGAUGCUACCACUGUUUUAUCCCGAGGUAUUGCUGAACUAGCUAUUUAUCCUGCCGUAGAUCCACUCGAUUCAACAUCUCGCAUCAUGGAUCCCAAUAUCGUUGGGCAAAAACAUUAUGAUAUUGCUCGCGGUGUACAAAAAAUUUUGCAGGAUUACAAAUCGUUGCAAGAUAUCAUUGCCAUUCUCGGCAUGGAUGAAUUAUCAGAAGAAGAUAAGUUGGUGGUAUCUAGAGCUCGGAAAAUUCAGAAAUUUCUGUCGCAGCCAUUCCAAGUUGCCGAAGUUUUCACUGGACACAAAGGCAAAUUUGUAACGCUCGAAGAGACAAUCAAGGGAUUUGAGCUUAUUUUGAAAGGUGAAAUGGAUCAUUUACCGGAAGUGGCAUUUUAUAUGCAAGGUGGAAUCGAUGAUGUAGUCGUAAAAGCUGAAGAACUGGCCAAGCAAAAUGUAUGA